GCCCGCCCCCAGCGGCAGGGAAGCGGAAGCGAAUGCCGUGCGGCGCCGGAAGUUGCUCUGCCUUUCCGGUGCGGGCGGCGUGCUCGGUCCGGCCGCGGGAGCCUCCGCCGCCAUGAGCGUCCCGGCUUUUAUCGACAUCACGGAAGAGGAUCAGGCUGCAGAACUUCGAGCUUACCUGAAAUCCAAAGGAGCAGAAAUCUCUGAAGAAAACGCUGAAGGUGGACUUCAUGUGGAUUUGGCACAGAUUAUUGAAGUGUGUGAUGUGUGCCUGAAAGAGGAUGACAAAGAUGUUGAGAGUGUAAUGAACAGUGUAGUCUCUUUGCUUCUUAUCCUGGAACCUGACAAACAAGAAGCGCUGAUUGAAAGCCUGUGUGAGAAGUUAGUAAAAUUUCGGGAAGGAGAGCGCCCAUCUCUUAGAUUGCAGCUACUGAGCAAUCUCUUCCACGGCAUGGAUAAGAACACUCCUGUGAGAUACACAGUGUACUGCAGCCUUCUUAAAGUGGCCUCUUCAUGUGGUGCCAUCCAGUACAUUCCAACUGAACUAGAUCAGGUCCGAAAAUGGAUUUCUGACUGGAAUCUUGGCACAGAGAAAAAGCAUACUCUUCUGAGACUGCUAUAUGAUGUCCUAGUAGACUGCAAAAAAAGUGACACUGCAGCAAAAGUAAUGGUGGAACUACUGGGAAGUUACACAGAGGACAAUGCUUCCCAGGCGAGAGUUGAUGCUCACAGAUGUAUUGUACGAGCACUGAAGGAUCCAAAUACCUUUCUCUUUGAUCAUCUUCUUGCCUUAAAACCAGUCAAAUUUUUGGAAGGAGAACUUAUUCAUGAUCUUUUGACAAUUUUUGUAAGUGCUAAACUAGCAUCCUAUGUCAAGUUUUACCAGAACAACAAAGACUUCAUUGACUCCCUUGGCUUGUUGCACGAACACAAUAUGGCAAAAAUGAGGCUACUCACUUUCAUGGGAAUGGCUGUAGAGAGUAAAGAAAUAUCAUUUGACACAAUGCAACAGGAACUUCAGAUUGGUGCUGAUGACGUAGAAGCAUUUGUUAUUGAUGCUGUAAAGACAAAGAUGGUAUACUGCAAAAUAGAUCAGACACAGAGGAAAGUAGUUGUCAGUCACAGCACACAUCGGACUUUUGGGAAGCAGCAAUGGCAGCAAUUGUAUGACACUCUAAACACCUGGAAACAAAAUUUGAAUCAAGUGAAAAACAGUCUCCUCAGUCUCUCAGACACCUAAAAUUUUUUUUUGACCUAGUAAUGUCACUAUAGAUGAAAUUUAUUCAAAACUUUGACAAUUUGUGAAUGUUUCCAAAAUGUAUACAAUUGGUUUAAAGAAGCUGAAUAUUCUAAAUUGCAACACAAAAAAGCAAUAAAACAAAUAUGGGAAAA